AAUGGCUUCGUCGUCGUCGUCGUCGCUCCUGUGCAAUCUCGGGUUACUGGUGCUGGCAAUGGCGAUAGCCAGAGCUGGCGCCGUGUUUCGCCCCACGCCGUGGUCGAUGGCCCACGCCACCUUCUACGGCGACGAGUCUGCGUCAGAAACCAUGGGUGGAGCUUGCGGAUAUGGCAACCUGUUCAGCACGGGAUACGGCACGAACACCGCGGCACUGAGCUCGGUGCUGUUCAAGGACGGAUUUGGCUGCGGAAGCUGCUACCAGAUACGCUGCUCCGGCGCCUCCGCGUGCUACAGGGGUUCCCCGAUCAUCACCGUGACAGCCACCAACCUCUGCCCCCCCAACUGGGCUCAGCCCUCCGACAACGGUGGGUGGUGCAACCCCCCGAGAGUGCACUUCGACAUGUCGAAGCCGGCGUUCAUGAAGAUCGCCGACUGGCAUGCCGGUAUCGUGCCGGUCAUGUACCGCAGGGUUCCUUGCCCGGUUCGCGGUGGAAUCCGGUUCCUGCUGCAGGGGAACGGGUACUGGCUGCUGGCCUUCGUGACGAACGUGGGAGGCGGAGGAGACGUCGCCAGGAUGUGGGUGAAGGGAAGCAACACGGGGUGGAUCAGCAUGAGCCAGAACUGGGGUGCUUCCUACCAGGCCUUCUCGAGCCUGGGAGGGCAAUCCCUUUCCUUCAAGAUCAUGUCCUACACCACGAGAAAUACCAUCAUCGCGUCCGAGGUCGCUCCUUCGAACUGGAACGUGGGGUUAACCUACGAGGCAACCGUAAACUUCCAUUGAUGUGGGACCUUCGAUGUUCUUGUCCAUGGAAGCUCUGGUAGAGAAGAAAGGCUGCCCACUAGGCUAGAAGGCCUUGUUUGGUGCAGAUUGGGAUAGGUUUGGUUCUGUAAUCUUCUCGAGUCUAUUAACAGAUCAAUGAUACUGCUCAUCGUUUGGC